AUGCCCCCAGCAGCUGCGCAAAAGGUGCUCACUUACGACGUUCAGGAGAGGGUUUUGUGCUUUCACGGGCCUAUGCUAUAUGAAGCAAAGGUACUGGAGGUCAAAAAAUCGGACGACAAGAAAGAGCUGCCGGAGUACAAGGUGCAUUACAAGGGGUGGAAGAAUACGUGGGAUGAAUUUGUCCCCGCAGAUCGCCUCCGCAAAAUGAACGAAGAAAACCUGCGAUUGCAAAAGGAACUCAACGAGAAUACAAAACCGAUUACGAAUAAGCCGAAGCCCACGCCCGAUACGAAGAAGAAGAUGACUUCCAAAGCUGGCUCUGAGGAUCUUCCAACGGGAGCUUCUACCACUCUUCCUCCGCGAGGCCAGAAGCGUGGGCGUGAGCUUGAGAUCGAGAAGGAAGAGGAAUUUAUGAAACGUCAUGAUGUCAAGAUAAACAUCCCCGACAACUUGAAAGCACUGCUUGUCGACGAUUGGGAAAACGUCACUAAGAACCAGCAGCUUGUUCCUUUGCCGCGUGACCUCAAUGUUACACAGCUUCUACAAAAAUAUCGCGAAUCUGUACCAAAAAAGCGAGAGGGCUCGGCAGAUGCGGAUAUUUUCGACGAAGUCAUUGCCGGGUUGAAACUCUACUUCGACCGAUCUCUCGGGACCAUCCUUUUAUAUCGGUUUGAGAGACAGCAGUAUCUGGAAAUUCGGAAGGAGCACCCCGGAAAAGAGCCGAGCGAGAUCUAUGGCGCAGAGCAUCUGCUUAGGCUUUUUGUCUCCAUGCCGGAGCUUCUCGCCCAUACAAAUAUGGACCCCCAGUCUAUCUCAAAACUCCGCGAGCACAUAGAGAACCUGAUCAGUUUUUUGGCGAAGAACCCAGAACAGUACAUUUCAGCACAAUACGAGAGUGGUUCGUACCAAUUUUAA